AUGGACGAAACUCAGGAGCCGCUAUUCACCUUUGGGGUCAUCGCUGACAUCCAGUAUGCAGACAAGGACGAUGGGUAUAAUUACGUAAAGACGAGGAUGAGGUAUUACCGGAGCAGUUUGUCUUUACUACGAGAUGCGACCCAAGAAUGGGCCUCCGAAAGUGCCCGGCCGGCCUUCAUCAUCCAGCUUGGUGACAUCAUUGAUGGCUUUAAUGUUCCCCUGAAGACAUCAGAGUCAUCUCUGACAAAAGUUCUGGACGAGUUUGAAAAGCUGAAGAUCCCCAUCCACCAUAUUUGGGGCAACCAUGAAUUCUACAACUUCAACAGGAAGCAGCUGAUGGAGUCGAAACUGAAUAGCACGCCACUGGGGGAAACGCAGGUUAUAUCUCCAGAGAGCCACGAUGACCUGGAGUCAUUCUACGCUUAUCAUUUCAGUCCUUUCCCCAAAUUUCGGAUACUCUUGAUUGACUCUUACGACUUCAGCGUCAUCGGAAGAGAUCCGUCAAGCCAAAAGUAUGUAAAGUCCUUAAAAGUUCUGAAGCAGAAGAAUAAAAAUGCAGAUUUGAACAGUCCUACAGAUCUUGAUGAACCCCAGUUUGUGCAGUUUAAUGGAGGAAUCAGCAACGCUCAGUUAAACUGGAUUGGUGGCAUUCUCCAGUCUUCAGACAAAAAUGGAGAAAAAGUGAUAGUGGCAGGACACCUCCCGAUCUACCCUCCCUCUACAGACCCCAUCUGUCUCACAUGGAACUACCUCGAUGUCCUGUCAAUGUUACAGGUCCAUCCCUCUGUGGUGGCCUAUUUUGCUGGACAUGACCACGAUGGAGGUUACUGUCAAGACCCACAUGGAAUUCACCACAUAACCUUCAAUGGAAUUAUAGAAACUCCGCCGGACAGCCAGGCCUUCGCCACCAUGGAGAUCUAUGAGGACAGGAUGGAGCUGAGGGGCAGAGGCCUCGUCCCCAACAGAACUUUGAUUUACAGGAACAGCUAG